UUGAACGGGCCAGCAUGCUAGUGAUCCUGCUGAACUGUGUGACUUUGGGCAUGUUCCACCCGUGCGAGGACAGUGACUGUGACUCAGAACGCUGCAAGAUCCUGGAGGAUUUCGAUGACUUCAUUUUUGCAUUUUUUGCUGUGGAGAUGGUGAUUAAGAUGGUAGCACUGGGCAUCUUUGGCAAAAAGUGCUACCUUGGGGAUACCUGGAAUCGGCUAGACUUCUUCAUUGUGCUGGCUGGGAUGCUGGAAUAUUCACUCAACCUGCAGAAUGUCAGUUUCUCUGCUGUUCGUACUGUCCGAGUGCUGAGGCCUCUACGAGCGAUCAACCGAGUGCCCAGUAUGAGAAUCUUGGUGACUCUCCUGCUGGACACUCUCCCUAUGCUGGGCAAUGUGUUGCUGCUCUGCUUCUUUGUCUUCUUCAUCUUUGGGAUUGUUGGGGUCCAGCUGUGGGCCGGGCUGCUCCGUAACCGCUGCUUCCUGCCCGUGAACUUCUCCGUUCCCCCAAACGUAGACCUGUCCAAUUACUACAGCGUUGACGACGAGAGCCCGUUCAUCUGCUCUCAGAUGGGGGAUAAUGGCAUGCGCCACUGCAACUCCAUACCUAGGCUGUAUGAAGAGGGUUUGCAAUGUCAGCUGAACAUGGGAGCCUACAACAGCACGGAUAACACCACAUGUGUUGAUUGGAACCAGUACUAUACCAACUGCUCUGCUGGGGCGCACAACCCUUUUAAGGAUGCCAUCAACUUUGAUAACAUAGGCUAUGCCUGGAUUGCCAUUUUUCAGGUCAUCACUCUGGAGGGUUGGGUGGAUAUCAUGUAUUUUGUAAUGGAUGCACACUCCUUCUACAAUUUCAUCUACUUCAUUUUCCUGAUUAUAGUUGGCUCAUUCUUCAUGAUCAACCUAUGCCUAGUUGUCAUAGCCACCCAGUUCUCUGAAACUAAGCAACGUGAAAGUCAGCUGAUGAAGGAGCAGAGAGUGCGAUUCAUGUCCAAUGCCAGCACUCUAGCCAGCUUCUCAGAACCAGGUAGCUGCUAUGAUGAACUCCUCAAAUACCUGGUUUACAUUGUUCGGAAAGCCACCAGGCAGUUAGGCCACUUAUCCCGGGAAGCUGCUCGCCGGGCAGGCAUCAGGAUAUGCGCCUCACCUACCCCAGAACCUCCAAAUGCCAAGAGACGAAGACACAGGAAGCGGCAGGGCUCCAUUCAUCACCUCGUGCACCAUCACCACCACCACCACCAUCAUUACCAUCUUGGCAACAGGAAUAUUCGGAGUGAUGGUGCCCAGGAGAUGGAGGUGUCCUUACGGAACAGCAACAGGAAUGGAGCAGGAACGGGACGUCUUACUCUCCCAACCAUUGUGCCUCUGCAGGAACCAUCCCCUUCUUGCUCUGCAGCUCUAGGCUCCAGCAGUGCUGAAUCUAUACAUAGCACUUACCAUACAACAUGCCACUUGGAGCCACAUCGUGCCCCCACAUUAGGCCAUCCGUUGUUGCAGGCCUACAAGAGGAACUCCGUGCCGUUUGCUGCACCAGUGCAUAAGAACUAUCCGACUCUGCAGCCUCGUGUAGCCCUGGAACAGCUCAGGCAGAGUGCAUUGGAUCCUGGAGGAGCCUGUUGCACUGCCAACAUCCUUAGCAACCUCAAUAUACCUCCAAACCCUGUUAACACAUCUCAGUGCCUGAUGGACGCACAAGGGUCUGCAGGGAAUUCCUCACGCAAGCUCUCCAAUACCAACUGCAGUGGUACAAAUUUGGAUGCUAUGCUGACAUUUGACCCUGAGACAUGCCCCUACUGUAUCAAAUCAAUGGGUAAUGAUUCAGAGGGAACUGAAGCAAACGAAACUGCAGACUCAGACAGCGAAGGAGUGUACGAAUUCACACAAGAUGCACAUUAUCGGGAUGGCAGAGACCCCAAUAGAAAAAAGAAGUUUAAAUUGGGGGCUCGCGCUGAAAAAAUAGUGCACUUCUGGAGACUGGUGUGUGACACAUUCCGCAAGAUUGUAGACAGCAAGUAUUUUGGACGAGGCAUCAUGAUUGCCAUCCUCAUCAAUACCCUCAGCAUGGGAAUCGAGUACCAUGAACAGCCUGAUGAGUUAACCAAUGCGCUGGAGAUCAGUAAUAUUGUGUUUACCAGUCUGUUUUCCCUGGAAAUGCUCCUGAAGCUGCUGGUGUAUGGCCCUUUUGGCUACAUCAAGAACCCUUACAACAUUUUUGAUGGCAUUAUUGUCAUAAUAAGUGUGUGGGAGAUCGUGGGCCAGCAGGGUGGGGGUUUGUCAGUGCUGAGGACCUUCAGGUUGAUGCGGGUGCUGAAGCUGGUGCGCUUCAUGCCAGCGCUGCAGAGACAGCUUGUGGUUCUGAUGAAGACUAUGGACAACGUGGCCACUUUCUGCAUGCUGCUGAUGCUCUUUAUCUUCAUCUUCAGUAUUUUGGGAAUGCACCUGUUUGGGUGUAAGUUUGGCUCGGAGAGAGAUGGUGACACAAUGCCCGACCGCAAGAAUUUCGACUCUUUGCUCUGGGCCAUUGUCACAGUGUUUCAGAUCCUCACUCAAGAGGACUGGAAUAAGGUUCUCUAUAACGGCAUGGCCUCCACCUCACCUGUGGCAGCUCUCUACUUCAUCGCCCUGAUGACCUUUGGGAAUUACGUGCUGUUCAACUUGCUGGUGGCUAUCUUAGUCGAGGGCUUCCAGACUGAGGGGGAUGGCUCCAAGUCGGGCUCAGAAGCAGAUUUCUAUACACAAAGCAUUGAUGAUGUGUGCAGAAGCAAAAAAGAUGUGUCGGCUUCAUCUGUAGUGCCCAUCAAUGGCCAUGUGGAUCUGAAGGCCAGCCUUACACCUCCUCUUAUCACCCACACGGCUGCUACACCCAUGCCUGUGCCCAAGAUCUCAGGAGGAGAAGACCUCGCUCUGGGCUACGAGUCACGCAGGGGCAGCAAUGUUUCUGUGGAGCCUGGCUGCCAUGACAAGACUCCGUCAAGUGUGCUGAGCUCCCCACACGCCCCCUGGAGUUCCAGCAGCAGCUGGAACAGUCGACGCUCCAGCUGGAACAGUCUGGGCCGAGCCCCGAGCUUAAAGAGGCAGAAGCGGCAGUCAGGCGAGCGACGCUCCUUGCUCUCUGGAGACGGCCACUCCAGCUCUGAUGAGGAUGGUGCUGGAGGGGACAGUAGGGGAGGAAGGAUGUUGGAAGGUGAUAAUGUUUCUCUCAGCAGGACAGAUUCUUUUGGCCAAAGGCCACGGCACAGGCGCAUGGAGUCUCUGGAGACACGCAGCUCCUUUGACCUGCCUCCAGACACACUGCAGGUACCGUACCUGCACAGAUCAGCUAGCAUCCACAGCACACGGCCACCAAAUCUAAUCAGCAAUGGCAAGAGCUCGCCCACGGGGGCCACAACGCAGCUCUCAUUAGAUGAUCAUCACAGUGAGGAUGACAAUGCUGACGAGGAGGGAAACCUGAGUCGACGAGCACGUCUGUACCGCUGGCUGGAGCGUAAGCAGCCUGAAUGGUGCAAGCAGAGGAACACCUGGUCUCUCUACCUGUUUCCUCCUAAGUCCAGGAUUCGUGUGAGCUGCAAUAAAAUCAUCACGCACAAGAUGUUUGACCAUGUGGUGCUUGUUAUUAUCUUCCUCAACUGCAUCACCAUUGCCAUGGAGAGGCCCAAGAUUGAGGCAAAGAGUCCUGAGCGUAUAUUCCUGACAGUGUCCAACUACAUCUUCACAGCUAUCUUCGUGACUGAAAUGACAAUAAAGGUGGUGGCCCUGGGCUGGUGUUUUGGGGAGAAAUCAUACCUGAAGAGCAGCUGGAAUAUUUUGGAUGGGAUGCUGGUGCUUAUCUCAGUCAUUGACAUUCUGGUGUCUAUGAUCUCAAACAGUGGCACAAAGAUCUUGGGCAUGCUGCGUGUGCUGAGGCUGCUGAGAACUCUACGCCCCCUCCGGGUGAUCAGCAGAGCUCCAGGGCUCAAGUUGGUGGUUGAAACUCUGAUGUCAUCCCUUAAACCAAUUGGAAACAUUGUGGUCAUCUGCUGCGCUUUUUUCAUUAUAUUCGGCAUCUUGGGGGUUCAGCUCUUCAAGGGAAAGUUCUACGUGUGCCAGGGGGAGGAUUUAAGGAAUGUAACAAAUAAAUCUGACUGCCUUCUUGCUAAAUACAAGUGGGUUAGGCACAAGUACAAUUUUGACAACCUGGGACAGGCUCUGAUGUCUCUUUUUGUACUGGCCUCUAAGGAUGGCUGGGUGGACAUUAUGUAUGAUGGACUAGAUGCUGUAGGAGUUGAUCAGCAGCCUGUGAUGAACCACAACCCCUGGAUGCUGCUCUAUUUCAUCUCUUUCCUGCUGAUCGUGGCUUUUUUUGUGCUCAAUAUGUUUGUGGGCGUGGUGGUGGAGAACUUCCACAAGUGUCGGCGGCACCAGGAAGCUGAAGAGGCCAAGCGGCGUGAGGAGAAACGCCUGAAAAGGAUGGAGAAAAAGAGAAGGAAGGCUCAGUGUAAGCCUUACUACUCGGACUACUCUCCCACUCGUCGCCUCAUCCACAAGAUGUGCACUAGCCACUACCUGGAUCUGUUCAUCACCAUCGUAAUAGGCCUCAACGUUAUCACUAUGUCCAUGGAGCACUACCAGCAGCCCAAGGUGCUUGAUGAAGCAUUGAAAAUCUGCAACUAUAUUUUCACCAUUAUCUUUGUGCUGGAGUCUGUCUUCAAACUUGUGGCAUUUGGAUUCAGACGUUUCUUCAAAGACAGGUGGAACCAGUUGGAUCUAGCGAUCGUGCUGCUGUCCAUCAUGGGGAUAACUCUGGAGGAAAUCGAGGUCAAUGCCUCACUCCCCAUCAAUCCUACCAUCAUACGAAUCAUGAGGGUGCUACGCAUUGCCCGUGUGUUAAAGCUCUUGAAAAUGGCUGUGGGAAUGCGAGCUCUGCUAGACACCGUGAUCCAGGCCCUGCCUCAGGUGGGGAAUCUGGGUCUUCUCUUCAUGCUUCUCUUCUUUAUCUUCGCAGCACUAGGAGUAGAGCUGUUCGGUGAUCUGAUAUGUGAUGAUUUGCACCCCUGUGAGGGCCUUGGACGCUACGCCACAUUCAAGAACUUUGGCAUGGCUUUUCUCCUGCUGUUCCGUGUGUCCACUGGAGACAACUGGAAUGGCAUUAUGAAGGACACGCUGAGAGAUUGUGCUCAUGACAACGGAACAUGCUACAACACCGUGGUGUCUCCCAUCUACUUUGUGUCCUUUGUGCUGACGGCUCAGUUUGUGUUGGUCAACGUUGUAAUUGCCGUCCUCAUGAAGCACCUGGAAGAGAGUAACAAAGAGGCUAAGGAGGAGGCGGAACUAGAGGCAGAAAUGGAGCUGGAGGCAGUAGGGGGAGAUGGAGGGAUGACUGGGGGACACAUUUCCCCUUUGGCCCUGCGAGACAUAGGUGGACCUGCAGGGUCUCGCUGGAUCUCCAGAGACUCACAGGACAGAGGUUAUCUCCCAGACAGUCCUUCAGCAGCCAUACGCAGAGACUCAGCAGCACACAGGACAGACCAGCCUCAAGGUCUGGAGCCUCCAUUAGAGAACACAGAUCCUUCAGAACCCUCACCGCAGUCCGUGCAGCCAUACGAUCAUCUGGAAGAGCACCUUCUAUGUGUGAAGAAGACUUCAGUGGGGCGUGCACAUUCCUUACCCAAUGACAGUUACAUGUUCCUUCCCCACCAGCCCAUACCAUCAUCAACAACCCUCAUGACCUCAGCUCAGCAGACUCAGUCAGGUUCCAUUAGCUCUGUACAGUCUCAGACAGAGGAGUCUACACAGCACCUGACUGUACCUACAGGUCUGUUCCGGCCCAUCAGCCCCCACAGCCUGUCUGACUCAGAGUGUAUUCCCCGAAUUCCUCCGCCUCGCCGAGGACACACACUCUCCCGCACCUUGCGCCGACAGGUGGCAGUGAGCACUGACUCUCAGGAGGCCUUGUAUACAAAAGGAGGGGAGAAUGAGGGCCCCAUGGGGCUUGGUGAACUCUCCACUCCUCCUGCUACAUUCCCAGCACUGGAGCAGUUUCCUCAGCCGUCACUCUUCCUCGUUCCUGCAACGCCAGGCGCCUCUCCCAAACCAAUGCGCGGCAGUGUUCACACGCAGCACAACCCUCAUGAUCAGUACAACAUCUGCUCCAGGCACCGGUGCUCUCCCCCUGCCCAUGAUAAACCUGCUGAGGAGGAGUCGGUGGAUCAGGAGGUGUCUCAAAUAAUUCAAUCAGGCUUUGAAGAUCAUAGAGGUCGGGAUUGCAUUAGAGGAGGUGGGAUUGGGGGAGGGCUGUGUGAAGGUCGCGGUCCAUCUCUGAGGCAGUUGAAGAAGUACCACAGUGCGGACGUGCAGAGUAAGCAGGCACCACUACUACUGCCUCGGCCCUCUUCCUGGCUUGAUGACCCACGGCGCCACUCCAUCGAGGUGUAUCCGUCAGUGGAGAGCAGCCCCCAGCGGAGCUCAGUGUCCUCUGGUUUUGUGUCACGUGCAGACAGCCUGCAACAACCCUCGCCCCGGAGCCGCAAGAAGAAGAAGUUGAGCCCUCCAUGCAUCUCUGUGGACCCUCCAGAGGGGCUGGUGCUUCCAAGGAACUUCCAGCUCGUGCUGGACACUGGGAUGGGCACAAUGCCACCCUCUCUGCCCAGCAGGGACACCUGCUUGAGAAGGAGAGCACCCUCCAGUGAAUCCAAGGAAUCAUUCGAUCUGGGUGGAGGAGGAGAUGGGUUACCCCAAGAGGUGGUUUCUAACCCCAAGCUAUUAACUCUACCCAACUUCUCCUUUGAGAAGACAAGCUCUGAGCACUGAACAUGUCCACACACAAAUGCACAAAAGUGCAUACAAAUGCGUUUAUGCACAUGCAUAAACAAGACGAUGCACUCUGUGUGUCCAUGACAGUGAUAAUAGUAAUAAUAGCAUAGAGUAAUAGUAUAAAACACAACAAUGGUGAAUAACCAGUGAUCAUUAUGAAUAGUGAUCAUUUAUUGUAUUUGUUCUGUACUGCCAAAAAGAAAGCAAAACGACACUGUACUGAGAACAAACCAAGCUAAUAAUGGAACUGUCUCUCUUCCAUCUUGCCAGCAGGCAUUUGCUGGGAAUCCAAUGACCUCCUAUUGAACGUUGUUCUCAGGGCCCACACAGGGCUCCUUCUGGCUGUUUUGGAGACUUUUUAGCACAGCUCUUCUUCCCCAAGAGCAGUGGUGAAGGUACAAAGCAAUAUGAACGUUUUAGAGACACUAUUUUCUUAAAUUAUUGGGCCAUAGUAUUUGUACAGGAUGUAGAUUUGUUUUUUU